AUGGCGAAUCUUAAUUUUGCGCAUUCAGAUGCGCCUUUGCGAACUAUCCAGGAGAUACAAUUUGGUCUCUUCUCUCCUGAAGAGAUCAAAAAUAUGAGUGUCUGUCAUAUUUUGUAUCCUGAGACCAUGGAUGAAAGUAAGAUGAAGCCGAGAGAACAAGGUCUCAAUGAUCCCCGACUCGGAUCCAUUGAUAGACAAUUUAAGUGUGCUACUUGUGAUCAAAAUAUGUCGGAAUGUCCUGGUCAUUUCGGUCACAUCGAAUUGGCCAAACCUGUUUACCAUCCUGGUUUCUUGAAAAAGACAAAGAAGCUUUUGGAAAUGGUCUGCCACAAUUGUGGUAAAGUUAAACUAGACAGGAGCAAUCCAGCUUACAAGGCAGCUGUCUCCAUUCGUGAUCCCAAGCGCAGAUUCGAGGCCAUAUGGAAGCUCUGCAAGGUCAAGAUGGUUUGUGAUAGUGACGUACAGAUGAACGAGGAAGAGUUCAAUGGAGAUCCAAAAGAAGCUGCAAAGAAAUCGCAUGGAGGAUGUGGUAAUAUUCAGCCCGAAGUUCGUCAAACUGCUUUGGCUCUGUGGGGCACAUGGAAGGCACCUAAGGAUGAAGAUGGAGAGGCAGUACAACCCGAUAAGAGACAAAUUACUCCGGAAAUGGCUCUUAACGUCUUCCGCAGCAUGACCACCGCUGAAAUUCAGGAUGUCGGAUUGAAUGCAGAUUAUGCUCGUCCUGAAUGGAUGGUCAUCACUGUUCUUCCAGUACCACCACCUCCCGUGCGACCAAGUAUUUCCAUGGAUGGUACUGGUCAAGGUAUGCGAGGAGAGGACGAUUUGACCUACAAGUUGGGUGAUAUCAUUCGUGCCAAUGGUAAUGUCCGCCAAGCACAACAGGAAGGCUCGCCUCAGCACAUUCUACAGGAUUUUGAAACUUUGUUACAAUAUCACGUCGCAACUUACAUGGACAACGAUAUUGCCGGUCAGCCACCCGCUCUGCAGAAGUCAGGUAGACCUGUCAAGUCCAUUCGUGCUCGUCUCAAGGGUAAGGAAGGUCGUCUCCGUGGAAAUUUGAUGGGAAAGCGUGUCGACUUUUCUGCUCGUACUGUCAUUACUGGUGAUCCCAAUCUUUCUCUUGAUGAGGUUGGAGUUCCUCGCAGUAUCGCAAGAAUCCUUACAUAUCCGGAGACAGUUACACCAUUGAACAUUGAUAAAUUACAUCAGCUUGUCAAGAAUGGCCCAGACGAGCACCCUGGUGCCAAAUAUGUCAUCAGAUCUGAUGGUACGCGUAUUGAUCUUCGCCAUCACAAGCGCGCAGGUGCAAUCUCACUUGAGUAUGGUUGGAAGGUUGAGAGACAUAUUGUUGAUGGUGACUUCAUUAUCUUCAAUCGUCAACCAUCUUUGCACAAGGAGUCUAUGAUGGGUCACAGAGUUCGAGUUAUGCCUUACUCCACUUUCCGUCUCAACUUGUCUGUUACUUCACCAUAUAACGCAGAUUUCGACGGAGAUGAGAUGAACUUGCAUGUUCCCCAAACUUACGAAACUCGUGCCGAGGUCAUGAAUCUCUGUAUGGUACCACUUAACAUUGUUUCGCCUCAAAGAAACGGCCCUCUCAUGGGUAUCGUUCAAGAUACACUUGCUGGUGUUUACAAGAUCUGCAGAAGAGAUGUUUUCAUUACAAAAGAACAUUUAAUGAACAUUUUGUUGUGGGUUCCAGAUUGGGACGGUGUCAUUCCUCAGCCAGCUAUUCUCAAGCCACGUCCUAGAUGGACCGGAAAGCAAAUUGUCAGUUUGAUCAUCCCCAAGAUCGUGAAUUCCUACAAUGCCAGCAAGGAUAAAGAGCAUCUACAUGCGCCAUUGAACGAUGAUGGGUGUUUGAUCCAAGAGGGACAGCUUAUGUAUGGUCUGAUGGCCAAGAAGAACGUCGGAGCCUCUGGAAACGGUAUUGUCCACAUUGUUUUCAACGAGCAGGGUCCAGAUGCCGCAAUGGCUUUCUUCAACGGUUGUCAACGAGUCAUCAAUUAUUGGCUUCUCCACAACGGUUUUAGUAUCGGUAUUGGUGAUACGAUUCCCAACAAGGAGACAAUUGAACAAAUCGAGAAGGCUAUCGCCAAACAAAAGGCUGAAGUCACAGAGCUUGUCGAGAAGGCUACUAGUAACGAACUUGAAUCCCUUCCCGGUAUGAACGUUCGUGAAACCUUCGAAUCUCAAGUUUCCAAAGCUUUGAACGAGGCUCGUAACACAGCUGGUACAAAGACUGAGGAUGGUUUGUUGGAUAUCAACAAUGCUGUACAAAUGGCCCGCUCUGGUUCUAAAGGUUCCACUAUCAAUAUUUCUCAGAUGUCUGCCCUUGUAGGACAACAAUCCGUCGAAGGUAAACGUAUUCCUUUUGGUUUCAAAUAUCGUACUCUUCCACAUUUCACCAAGGACGAUUAUUCGCCAGAAUCCAGAGGUUUUGUUGAGAAUUCAUAUUUGAGAGGUCUCACCCCCACGGAGUUCUUCUUCCACGCCAUGGCUGGUCGUGAAGGUUUGAUCGAUACCGCAGUUAAGACUGCAGAAACUGGAUACAUUCAACGUCGUCUCGUCAAAGCUCUUGAGGAUGUCAUGGCUAAAUAUGACGGUACCGUCCGUAACUCGCUCGGUGAUAUUGUUCAAUUCGUCUAUGGUGAGGAUGGUCUCGACGGUGUCAUUUUCGAGAACCAAAAGAUGGAUCAUAUCAACAUCAGCAAUAAGGCAUUUAAUGAUCUCUUCAAACUUGAAGUUAUGUCUGAGCGUAUCUCAACCGAUGUCUUGGAGCAUGCAAACGAACUCUACGGAGAUCUCGAGACCCAGCAACUCCUUGAUACAGAGUUUGCUGCUCUCGAAGAGGACAGAAGACUCCUUCGAGACUUCGUACAUUCCCGAACCAAGGAGAAGGAUGAUGACCACUUCCAACUUCCAUUGAACAUCAUUCGAAUUAUUGACAGCGCAAAGAGAUUAUUCAAGACGGAUGACGGAAAGCGCAGUGACUUACACCCUAGAGAUGUCAUUCCAAGAGUUCAACAGUUACUUGAUCGCAUGAUCAUCGUCCGUGGUACUGAUGAACUUUCGGUUGAAGCUCAAUACAAUGCCACAAUCUUUAUCAAGGCUCAGUUCCGAUCUCGUCUUGCUUAUAAACGCAUUGCACUCGGUAUGCACCUCAACAAGCUUGCGUUUGAACACAUUCUUGGUGAGCUUGAGAGCCGUUUCACUAGAGCUUUAGUCAAUCCUGGUGAGAUGGUUGGUGUGCUUGCCGCACAGUCUAUUGGUGAACCAGCCACACAAAUGACCUUGAAUACCUUCCAUUUCACUGGUAUUUCAUCUAAGAACGUUACUCUUGGUGUCCCACGUCUCAAGGAAAUUUUGAACAUCGCUCCAAACAUUAAGACACCGUCCAUGAUUGUUUAUCAAGACGGUGCUAAUGCCAAUCAAGAAACUGCCAAGUUGUUGCGUAGUGCUGUUGAGCAUACUACCUUACGCUCCGUUACUUAUGCUACCGAGAUUUACCACGAUCCUGACAUUCAAUCUACCACCAUCGAGGACGAUGUUGACAUGGUUGAAUCUUACUUCAUCAUUCCUGAAGAGCAUCACGAUUCUCCAGAUAACCAGUCAAGAUGGCUUCUUCGUCUUAUUCUUGAUCGUCAAAAGAUGUUGGAUAAGGGAUUGAAGGUCGAUGAUGUUGCUAUCAAGAUCAAGGAAAAUUACCCUAAGGAUUUGGCUGUCAUCUUCAGCGACAACAACGCUGAGCAGCAGGUUAUUCGUAUCAGAAUGAUCAAGCAAAGUGAUUCGAAGUACGAUGACGAUGACAUCGAAGAAGACAUUAUGCUCAAGCGUCUUGAGGCUCAUAUUCUCGAUACUUUGACUCUUCGUGGUGUUCUAGGUAUUGACAGAGCUUUCUUGAACAAGGAUGUCAAGCUUUUCGAGAAGCCUGACGGUAGAUUGGUUGCAAGCAGAGAGGACAAGGACUGUGAAGAAUGGUACCUAGAUACCAGUGGAACCUCGUUGAAGGACGUCUUGAUUGUACCAGGAGUUGAUCCUCGACGAACCUAUUCCAAUCAUUUCAUCCAGGUUUUCGAAGUCUUUGGUAUCGAAGCUGCUAGAUCCGCUUUGAUGCGUGAAUUGACCAUGGUGUUGGCUUUCGAUGGUUCUUAUGUCAACCAUCGCCAUCUUGCCCUUCUUACUGACAUUAUGACUUCACGUGGUCACUUGAUGGCUAUCACUCGUCACGGUAUCAAUCGCGCAGACACAGGAGCUUUGAUGAGAUGUUCUUUUGAAGAGACUGUUGAGAUUCUGCUCGAAGCUGCCGCAGUAGGUGAAUUGGACGACUGCCGUGGUAUCUCUGAAAACGUUAUGCUUGGCCAGCUUGCUCCUAUGGGAACUGGAGAGAUGGAUGUGUUGCUCGAUCCAAAGAUGCUUGAAACUGUCAUCUCUGACAACAGCCGAAUGGGUCUUAUGGCAGGAAUUCCUGUCAAGGGCAGUGAAGGUGGUGCUGCAACUCCUUACGACGGCCAAUCUCCACUCAAUGAGGGUGGCUAUCUCGGUACACCCGAUUAUGGUGCUCAAUUCUCGCCUAUUCAAAGUGCUGGUUCUGAUACACCAAGCGGCUUUGCUACCGAGUAUACUGUCUUUGGUGGUGGCGGCAUAAAUAGUCCUUAUGGAGCUGGUUCUAGAAGCCCAAGUGGUGGUUAUUCCCCAAGAAGUCCUUUCAACUCAUCUCCAUCCUCGCCAAACUUUUCUCCUUCCAGUCCCGGGUACAGUCCAACUUCGCCAGCCAUGGGAGGUGGUGCAAGCCCUGGAUAUGCUGUUUCGCCUCGCUUCUCACCUGUUAGCCCUGCGUUUACACCCACAUCUCCUGCCUAUAGCCCUACUAGUCCAAGUUUCGUGUCUCCGACUUCGCCUUCGUAUAGUCCCACGUCACCAAACUACUCGCCAACCUCUCCCAAUAUACAUGGAUCGCCAACUAGUCCUUCAUACAGUCCAACCUCCCCUCCUAUUCACCAACCUCUCCAAAUUAUAGUCCCACCAGUCCAAAUUAUGCUGGAAAUAAAGUGUCUCCAGGCUCGGGUCUUUCGCCAACCAGUCCUGUAUACUCUCCAACCUCUCCAAAUUGGAGCCCGUCUUCACCCCAACAUCAAGGCAACAGCACUUCUCCAAAAUACUCUCCAACCAGUCCUUCUUACUCUCCUACCUCUCCCAACUUUUCUCCAUCGUAAAUCUCCUCGCGGUGGAAACAACUGA